CAAACCCUCACAUUCACAACUCACAAUUUCAUUCACAACUUCACCUUCUUUCAUUUCUCAUUCAAAUUAACUCCAAUGGAAUCAAUGAAGAUGAAGCUAUUCGCCGCCGUCAUUGUUAUGUUGAUCGCGGUCACUAAUGUGGCAGCUCAAGAAGCCCCAGCAGCCGCGCCUGGCCCGGCCUCAUCUGCCAGCAUGUUUGUCCCGACCGCUGUCGCUUCCGUUAUCGCUCUUUCGUUCGGCUUCUUGUUUGUAAAUUGAUCUAUUGAUUAAGAUCUUCAGAGGUUGUUUUGUUUUGUUUUGUGUUUAUGGUGACUGUUUGACAUGUUGUUGCACAUUAUUAUGAUGUGAAUGUGAAUUCAUUAUUUGUUUAUGUGUUUAUAAUUAUAAUUUUAUAGAUAUUAUUUGUGAA